AUGCUACCUCCGUCCACACUCUCCUCAUCGUCAAGGAUUCUGGCGCUGCAGAAGCAGUGGGAGGAAUAUAGACGGCGAAGCGAUUCCGGUUCUCACGACGUAGUAGAUGAUGAGAGUCUCGCGGAUGACGAGUACGAAAAUAGCGAAUCCAGAGAUAUCGAAGCGGAUUUCCCCCAUCCUCAGACACAGAAAAUUAAGGCAAAAGAAGUUCGAUACCGCAGACGCACAUUCGAUACAGAUGAUCAAGGACAUAGACUCGCACCAAUAGCAACAACAGAGACGCCCUUGGGCUUACAGAGUAGGGACGAGUCCGCUAAUAUCGACAUGUUAGCCACAAACAAACAAACUUUGGAAUUACCAAUCAUGAAUCUAGGAACUUCGGAGAAUCCUGUUAUUAUUGACGCACCCUCUGAAAUAGACGACAAGUCACAGUCAAGUGAUGCUGGCACGGAUGACAGAGAAGAAGCAAUAAUAUCGAGGCGCCAGGGGAAGCGCAGACUACGACGAUACACAGAACGAAAUACAGCCUUGAAAUUUGCAAGUAGCUCCGACGAUGAGAUACCUGCCAUUAAAACAACAUCCAGAACGGAGACACAAACAUGGGAGAUUGCACCGGGGAGGGUCGUCAACCCAACCAAUAGUGAGAAUCUAGCUUUUUCUUCUGCAUUUCUCUCGGGCCACACUUCAGUCUCGAUAGCACCAGAUGUGGCCUUCAACCUCCUUACGCUGCAUCCCAUGCGCCUCCACCGGUUUGAGAUCGAAUUAAGAAUGCUUCGCUCAUGUUCCAUUGCGGAAGGAAGAGUGCAAGUACAAAUAUUAGACUACAAGUUUUCGCUUGGAACGGGUGGCGUAUUUGUUAUCCGCCCUGGAUAUUCCUGCUGUGUGGAAAAUGCAGAAGGCUCGGAUGCUGUGUUGCAUUGCACCACCGUUCACAACUACGAGCUCAUCCCUUCCCCAUCAGGAAAAGUCACUACAUCUGCAAACGAUCAUUUGCACUGA